AGGAAAACAAUUAAUUGGCAAUUUUAAAAUUGGUAAUGUUGAUAAUAAUUAUAGUUAUUUUCUUAAUAGCAGCCUUAGCUUACUUCAAAACACGACGCAGCACAUGGCCUCUAAACUACAUGUCUUGCACCUGUAACAGAUCUAAGCCAAACACUCAAAGGUUAUCCCAUUCACAAAACCAACCAACAUCGUCAACGGAAUUAGAAACCGAUGAAAACGGAAAUGUACUGGAAAAUGAAAUCAUAGAUUCAGAAAAUGAAGAAAGUGAACCAUUGGAGUGCAAAUAUAUGGGAAGAGUUUCUGAGACGUCCACAGAUGAGGGCGAAGAAGACAAUGAGAGAAUGGGGAUGUUAGAUGAGAUAGAGGAAGAGGAGAGAGACAAGGCUGGUGAUGUUGAGGUGAUUGUAGAUGUUGAGAAGAUGGAGGGAGGUCUGGAGGAUGUUGAAGUGCUGAGGGUCCACCACAAGUCUUCAGGAGAUUCCCAGAGCUGGAGAAGUGUCAAGGUCACCUCGAGUGUGUUGAACUAUAAACAUCAUCCGAGACGUAGGACCAAAGUGCAGUGAUCUUGGCACCUAGUGUAUGUUUGAUGUAAU